AUGAAUCCACCAAAUGAUCUUAUUGAUCAUCAAAGUGAUCUAAUGAACCCACCAGAUGAUCUUAUUGAUCAUCAAAGUGAUCUAAUGAAUCCAAGAGAUGAUCUUAUUGAUCAUCAAAGUGAUCUAAUUGAUCCACCAAAUGAUCUUAUUGAUCAACAAAGUGAUUUAUUGAAUCCACCAAAUGAUCUUAUUGACCAACAAAGUGAUCUAAUGAAUCCACCAAAUGAUCUUAUUGAUCAUCAAAGUGAUCUAAUUAUUCCACCAAAUGAUCUUAUUGAUCAUCAAAGUGAUCUAAUGAAUCCACCAAAUGAUCUUAUUGAUCAUCAAAGUGAUCUAAUGAAUCCACCAAAUGAUCUUAUUGAUCAUCAAAGUGAUCUAAUUAUUCCACCAAAUGAUCUUAUUGAUCAUCAAAGUGAUCUAAUGAAUCCACCAAAUGAUCUUAUUGAUCAACAAAGUGAUCUAAUGAAUCCAUCAUAUGAUCUUAUUCUUAUUGAUCAACAAAGUGAUUUAAUGAAUCCACCAAAUGAUCUUAUUGACCACAAAGUGAUUUAA